UUUCAGUCGGCUUGGAAGUCAAGUUUUUACGGCUUGCAGAAUUUUUUUCGUGGGCUCGGUCUUUGUAUAAAUAGUAUUGCGGGCGAGGCUUUUCAAUCAGAAGCGACUCAACCGCAGAUCGUAGCUGUCAUCAUGAAAUUCCUGGUUAUUGCCUUUGCCGUUCUGGCCUGCGCCUAUGGCGAUGUCUCCCACCUGGGCUACAACUACUCGCCCCCGGCUCCGGUUUACCAGCCAGCUCCCAUCAGCAUCCCCGCCCCGGCUCCGGUCUACCAGCCAGCUCCCAUCAGCAUCCCCGCCCCAGCUCCGGUCUACCAGCCAGCUCCCAUCAGCAUCCCAGCUCCAGCUCCAGCUCCAGUUGUGAUCCCAGCUCCUGCUCCAUCUCCAAUUGUGAUCCCCGCUCCUGCUCCAGCUCCAGUGAGGACCUACGUGCCCCCAGCACCCAUCAGCAUCCCAGCUCCUGCUCCAGUUGUGAUCCCCGCUCCUGCCCCAGCUCCAGUUGUGAUCCCUGCUCCGGCCCCAGCUCCAGUUGUGAUCCCUGCUCCUGCCCCAGCCCCAGUUGUGAUCCCAGCUCCUGCUCCCGUCCGCUCUUACAUCCCUCCCGCACCUGCACCAGCUCCAGUCUACACCCCAGCUCCUGCUCCCAUCCCAGUGAGCAUCCCAGCUCCCGCUCCGGCUCCAGUUGUGAUCCCCGCUCCUGCUCCAGCUCCAGUUGUGAUCCCCGCUCCUGCUCCAGCUCCAGUUGUGAUCCCUGCUCCUGCUCCAGCACCAGUUGUGAUCCCCGCUCCUGCUCCAGCUCCAGUUGUGAUCCCUGCCCCAGCUCCCGUGAGGACCUAUGUGCCCCCUGCACCCAUCAGCAUCCCUGCUCCCGCUCCCGUCUACCAGCCUGCCCCUGCUCCCGUCUACCAGCCCAGCAGCCAGCAGGUCCUCGAGGAGAUCGAGCCCGUGUCCGCUGAUGGUUACCGCUACAAGACCGUGCGUCGUCGCGUCUACCGUCACCGCUUCUAAAUUUACCAAAGCCCUUCGAACUGUUUCCUAACGAAUUCCCAACUGGGAAUUGAAAAAUAAAAAAUUCCCGUCUUCGACUUGUUAAACAAAAA